CCCCCCCCCACAAUUUGGAGAUCUGACUGCAAAUUGGAGGCCAUUUUUUGCAAGAUGUGACUUUUUGAUGGGGUUAAAAGCAUCAAGUUUUGAAGCAAAAGGUGGAAAUCAUCCACUAUUUUGACCUUGCGGUGUUCAGUGCAAAUAUUUGACGGAGAAUAUGAUUUCCAGCCCUUUUUUUUUUUUUUUUUUCCCCUGGGGCUUGAAUUUGUAUAUAAUAUACUUGGUCUAUGUAUUUAUGCAGAUACGAUUAGUCGGCGUAUAGUUGUCGUGGAAUGAGCUGAGAAAAGUUGAAUAAUGAGUAUUAUUAAUGACAAUAUGUGGCAUAGGCAUAUUUGAUCUUCACAUUAACUUUUAUUCAUUUUGAAAAAAUUGAAGUAAUUGUUUUUUAUGAAACCCUUUCUAAUUUCUAUGUUUUAUUCUGCAAAAAAAUCAUUUGGAUUUUAAUUUGCUUAAUUUAUGGUAAAUUUCAACAUCUUAUUAUUUAUUGAAGAUUAUUGGAAUUUUUACUGUAAUAUAUUUACUUGUAUUCAAGGUUGGUUGGGAGUGUGACUAGAUCAUAAGAUAUCGAGAACGUCAGUUAUAAAUCUUUAUAUUGGAAAGGUGAGAAGUGGUUAAUUUCACGAAACCAAGAAAUGAUAUAAAUAAUAAUAUAAGAAGCAUGUUAAAUAAAUCAAAUGUUUCAUUUAUAUAUAUAUUAGAAACUUGUUAAAUGUAUCAAAUAUUAAUAUAUGUAUACUAGUUUCCUGUUGUACAUGCAUAUUAUUUUUUACUUGUUAGUAAGGUCGUCUUUGGCUAGACUGGUGAAGGCAAAUUACUGGAGGCAAGUAGAUCCGGAUUUCACUACACUCAGCUGUUCCCCGGGUUAUUUUGAUCCUUUGGCAAGGCAAGUUGUUGGAGCCCUGACAUCUGUAAUUUCCCCGUGUUAGGCUGUGGAUAUGUUUCGGGUUAACUGACAUUUGAACAUCACCUGCCUCUAAAACUUCUAGUAUUAAGUUAUGGAAGUGAUUCCCCGUUCUGGGGUAAAUAGUGUUGGAGAAUCUAAUUGCCCCGAACAGGAAUCAAAUGCACCUCUCAAGUGUGAUGGAAAAUCAGACUGCGUUGAAGAUGUCGUACCAGUUAAAGCUGCAGAGCUCAAAGUAGACGACAUAAUGCUUGAUGUGGGAAGGCCUCUCGAAGAGAGAAAGGGUGGAGAUCAGUUUAUUCUCCAAGGAGUGCCUGCUUCAGAACGCUUCUGUAAUGGAGAUGGUUAUUAUGACUCUGAUGCUGACCGACAAAAUUUAUCUUCUGAUUCCUACAAUUUUGCAGACGAUAACUUAGACAAACAAGGUGAUUUAGGAGGAUCAAACCCUGUGUCUGAGAAAUCCCAGUUCGCUGUGGAUACAGCUGAAAGUGGACUACAUUCUAAAAACCAGGAGGGAGAAUCAUCUCAUUCAGAAAUCCACCUAGAACAAGAUGAGCCUGUAGCAGUGUGGGUGAAGUGGAGAGGGAAGUGGCAACCAGGAAUUAAAUGUGCAAGAGUGGACUGGCCAUUAUCGACUUUGAAAGCAAAACCAACUCAUGACAGGAAACAGUAUAUUGUAAUCUUCUUUCCUCGCACAAGAAAUUAUUCUUGGGCAGAUGUACAGCUAGUUUGUCCAAUUAGUGAAUUUCCGCAGCCCAUUGCAUAUAAGACACACAAAGUAGGUGCAAAGGCGGUCAAAGAUUUGACUCUUGCUCAUCGGUUCAUCAUGCAAAAGCUGGCUGUUGGAAUGCUAAAUAUUCUUGAUCAAUUAAAUUGCGAGGGUCUGGAAGAGACUGCUCGUGAGGUGAUGGUUUUGAAGGAAUUUUCGAUGGAAGCUUCCCGCUGUAAAGGUUAUUCUGAUCUUGGAAGGAUGCUUGUGAAACUUCAAAAUAUGAUACUGCAGCACUGCUUAAGUUCAAAUUGGCUGCAAUAUUCUCAGCAGUCUUGGGUGCAUCGAUGCCAGGAUGCAAGUAGUGCUGAAUGCAUUGAAAUGCUGAAAGAUGAAUUGUCCGAUUCUAUCAUCUGGGAUGAGGUAAAUUCACUUGCAAAUGCAGCAGCACCAGUUGAGCCGGCCUCUGAGUGGAAGAGCUGGAAACAUGAUGUUAUGAAAUGGUUUUCAAUCUCGCAUCCAAUAUCCACUGGUGGAGGCUCAGAGCAACCAAUUAAUGAUAGUCCACCUACCAUGGAGCUUCAAACUAACAGAAAGAGGCCCAAGCUUGAAGUUCGUCGUGCUGAUACUCAUGCAUCACAUGUAGACAUUCAGAAUUCACAUCAGGCUGUUCCUGUGGAAAUUGACUCUAGUUUCUUUAAUGGCCGUGAUGUUGUAAACACUAUAUCAUUAGGUUCUGUGCUUCCAAAGCAAGAAAUUUCCACUGCGGAUGCUGCUUUGGCAGGGUCUUCGGAUUGCGUAGCUAACAAAUGGGAUAACAUUGUUGUUGAGGCUGGAAAUAUGGAGGUGAUUCAGUCUAAAGAUGUGGAGAUGACUCUUGUUAAUGUUACCCAGAAGUCCUUGGACCCUGGAAGUCAUAAUCGACAGUGUGAUGCUUUCAUUGAAUCUAAAGGAAGGCAAUGUGUGAGGUAUGCCAGCGAGGGGGAUGUCUAUUGUUGUGUGCAUUUGGCUUCUCGUUUUGUUGGGAAUUCAGCAAAAGGUGAAGUAACGCCUUCUGCUGACCCGCCAAUGUGUGAAGGUACCACCGUUCUUGGUACUAAAUGCAAACAUCGAGCUCUAAUUGGAACUUCUUUCUGUAAGAAACAUAGGCCUCACAGUAGUAAAGAAAUGAAUCCUCCUGAUAAAAGACUUAAAAGGAGGCACGAAGAAAGUUUCAUGAGUUCAGAGAUUAAAUAUCCGACAAAAAUUGUACAUGCUGGAAAAGUUGAAGCUCCUGCCCAAGUAGAUCCACCAUCUUUAAUGAGAAAAGGAUCCCUCAACGAAAGCAGCUUAGGUGAGAUGCCUGUUCAGCCCCAAGAAGAGAAUAAAAGUGAUGAGAUGGUUCACUGCAUAGGGAGUAGCAGUGAACCUUGCUUAGAAAGUCCUAUACGGCAUUCACUAUACUGCGACACCCACCUACCAAGCUGGCUUAAACGUGCAAGAAAUGGCAAGAGUAGGAUAGUAUCAAAGGAAGUGUUUAUAGAGCUCCUGAAAUAUUGUUGUUCAAGGGAGCAAAAAUUGCAUUUGCACCAAGCCUGUGAACUCUUUUACAGGCUUUUCAAAAGUAUCCUAUCUUUGAGAAACCCAGUUCCAAAGGAAGUUCAAUUUCAGUGGGCCAUUUCUGAAGCUUCCAAAGAUAUUAGGGUCGGGGAGUUCUUGAUGAAGCUGGUACGCAGUGAAAAGGAGAGGCUGAAGAAGCUCUGGCGAUUUUCAGAUAACCAAAACAUUCAAGCCUCCUCUGUUGAGGAAUCAGUUUCUAAUCCUAUUCCGGUGUGUAAUGAUAUGGAUGAAGACAGUCAAAAUGUCAUAAAGUGCAAAAUUUGCUCAGAUAAGUUUCUUGAUGACCAAGCUUUAGGGACACACUGGAUGGGUAGUCAUAAAAAAGAGGCACAAUGGCUUUUUAGGGGCUAUGUUUGUGCAAUCUGCUUGGAUUCUUUUACUAAUAAAAAGGUCUUGGAAACUCAUGUGCAGGAGAGGCACCACGUGCAAUUUGUUGAACAGUGCAUGCUUUUGCAGUGCAUUCCUUGUGCUAGCCAUUUUGGGAAUCCGGAGCAGUUAUGGUUGCAUGUGCUCUCAGUUCAUGCUUCCAACUUAAAGCUGUCAAAUGCUGCUGCAAAGCAAGACCAAGGAUCUUGGCAAAGAGUUGAGCCGAAAAUGUCAGAUCCUGUAGAAAAUAUAAACUCUGAGAAUCAUUCUGGUCUCCGGAGAUAUACUUGCAGGUUUUGUGGAUUAAAGUUUGAUUUGCUACCUGAUCUUGGACGCCAUCAUCAGGCUGCUCAUAUGGGACCAACUUCUGUUGGUCCUCACCUGACAAAAAAGGGAAUUCAAUUUUAUGCACAGAAAUUGAAAUCGGGGAGACUUACUCGUCCUCGAUUUAAAAAAGGUUUGAAUUCAGCAUCAUAUAGGAUUAGGAAUAGAAGUGUGCAAAAUUUGAAAAAACGUGUGCAGGCAUCAUUUUCAAUUAGUCCAGCCGAAAUUACGGUUAACUCUAAUGCAGCUGAGGCUGCAACUGAGGCUGCCAAUCUCGGUAGAUUAGUCGAUACUCAAUGUUUAGCUGUGGCAAAGCUAUUGUUUUCUGAAAUUAAGAAAACAGAACCACGGCCAAGCAACUCAGAGAUUUUAUUAAUAGCUCGCUCUGCUUGCUGCAAGCUAAGCCUGCAAGCUUCAUUGGAGACAAAAUAUGGAAUCCUGCCAGAACGGAUAUACCUGAAAGCUGCCAAACUAUGCAGUGAGCAUAACAUCCCAGUGGAAUGGCACAAAGAGAGCUUCAUUUGUCCCAAAGAGUGCACACCAAUUGAAAGACCACCCCUACCAUCUCUGGCGGUGCACUCAUCGGACAAUAUAGUCAAGACCAGAAAUGCUGUUGCAUCAAACCUUUUAACCAAUGAGUGGACAAUGGACGAGUCUCAUUGUGUCAUUGAUUCCCGACAUUUCACCCAGGAUCUUGCAGAGAGAAAUAUUAUUUUAUGUGAUGACAUAAGUUUUGGACAGGAAUCAGUUCCAAUAGCUUGUGUGGUGGACGAAAGUCUUUUGAAUGCGGAUGGGUCUGAUGGCCAAAUUACUGAAUAUUCCUUUCCUUGGGAGAGCUUUACCUACGUCACGAAACCAUUGCAUGAUCAAUCCCUAAUACUUGAAGCAGAGAGUUCUCAAUUGGGGUGUGCUUGUGCAUAUUCAAGGUGCUCAUCAGAAAUGUGCGACCAUGUGUAUCUUUUUGACAAUGAUUAUGAAGAUGCAAAAGACAUAUAUGGCAAGCCCAUGCGUGGCAGGUUUCCCUAUGAUGAGAGAGGUCGAAUUAUUCUUGAGGAGGGCUACCUAAUUUAUGAAUGCAAUCAGAGAUGCUGCUGCAGUAAAACUUGUCAGAAUAGGGUUUUGCAAAAUGGAGUGCAAGUGAAGUUGGAAAUAUUCAAAACAGAGAAAAAGGGUUGGGCAGUAAGGGCGAGAGAAGCAAUACUUCGUGGCUCCUUUGUGUGUGAGUAUAUUGGAGAGGUCAUAGAUGAGCAAGAAGCAAACGAGAGACUCAAUAGCAGGUAUGACAACGAAAGUUGCAGGUAUUUUUAUGAGAUCAAUGCUCACAUUGAUGACGUGAGCAGAUUGAUAGAAGGCCAAGUUCCAUAUGUUAUUGAUGCGACAAACUAUGGAAACAUUUCACGUUUCAUUAAUCACAGUUGCUCGCCAAAUCUCGUGAAUUACCAAGUUCUUGUUGAAAGCAUGGAUAGUCAUCUUGCACACAUUGGCCUCUACGCCAUUCGAGAUAUAGCUGUAGGUGAAGAAUUGACAUAUGACUUCCGCUACUUGCUAUUGCCUGGAGAAGGAUGUCCUUGCCUAUGUGGAUCUUCCAAUUGCCGGGGAAGGCUUUAUUAAAUUAUUUGUUUAUACUCAUGCGAGCUUUGCAGCAUUCAGAGGCUGCCGCCAUCCUGUAAUAAGGGACAAGAUUUUGAGGCCUGACAGACAUUUCUUGCAGUACGCAAGAGGUAACUGCAUGGUUCUUCAAUCGCCAUAAAAUUUUUGAGUCGUGCUUCUGCAGCUUUGGGAUUUUCUUACCAAUGUGCUAUUGUAGUUUUGGUCUUGUUAUCUGGAUCACUGUCAUAGGAUAACUUAUCGCCUUUUCGCUUUGGAUCAUUGUAUUACACUGCUAAUUUGUGCAACAUAAAUGCAGAAUUUUCCCCUCAAUUUUCUUCUUGGGAGUGCAUAGACCAUCUUGUUUGA